AUGAACAAACGACCCAUUUCCACGCAUCAAGGAAGAAGUACCUCAUCGGGAUCAUCAGCAAGCACUAAUCAUGAAGUGUUCUAUUCUUUUGGAUUUAUUCAUGGAGUGAGUAUUGGAUCGAAAUGGGGACAACAACAGAAUGAAAGUACAGAGCAUUCGACUCAAACCAUGACCAUUACGUAUGAAGAUGAGGGAAUGCAAUCACGAGAAUCGUGUGUUAGUAAUGAGUAUUCCAUUCAGGAAGGAAUUGUAAAUAAUCAAGAAAUUCAAACAGAUUCGGAGGAAGAGGUUAUUAAACGGAUAAAACAAGAAUGCGAACAGAAAGUGAGCACAGGCUCUAUUUUAUCAUUCCUGAAGAAUGUGAUGCCUCAAAUGGAGAAGGAAUUGGAGAAUGCAGAGACUGUGCACUAUGUCUCAUUCAUGGACUAUGAUGUGAAUUGGUCUGUGGACAUUGAGGAAAUGUCAGCAGCCCACGAGUUAAAGCUGCCAGAACGAGUACUGAAAAAGUUGAAAGAGCCUCUCUCAGUCACAGACUUGUCAUGGAAUUGUAAAGGAAACAUGCUUGGUGUGAGUUUUGGUCGACUCAAUACGACGGGCUGGUGUAUCGAACCAGGCUAUAUUUGUUUCUAUUUAAUUAAUCCAGAUAUUUAUACGGACUUUAAUUUAGAUCCAAAAGUGACCAUUGAAAACGAGGAAAGUUUCGUCAUGAAAAUUGCGUUUCACCCUGACAAACAUAAUAUUGUUGCUGCAGGAACCUACGAUGGAGGAAUUAAGGUCUAUAAAGUUCACCAAGAUACCGAUACUCUACUUUGUCAAACUCCAAUUGAGACGUAUUCCCAUAGAGACCCUGUCACAUCAUUGCAAUGGGUGAAAAACAGAUACGAUGACUCGUUCUUGAUUGUUAGUAUGAGUGGUGAUGGCAAGAUGUUUUUGUGGACCAUCAAUAACAAAUUGGAGCAGCCACUCACAGCUAUUUCUCUUGUUCAUCCUUCCAAAGGAACACCAUUAGGAGGAUCCUCAUUGUCAUUUUUGAAUUUAUUUGGCAGCUCUGCAUUAUCGCAAAAGAAGGUACCUACACUCGAUAGCUCUUUCAUCUUGGGAACUGAAGUUGGAAAUAUUUACAAGCUUGCAAUUUCCGAUUCCAAAAUGAUUACAACUCGAAAACUUGCAACCUUAAAGAAAGGAGUGGUCAAUUUCAAAGAGGAAAAGAUUGAAUUUUCCUAUGACAAUGGAACAGGAUAUGUUCAUACUAUUGAUUCCAAUAGUUUUAAUAAGGAUUUAUUUAUGUCAUGCACCAAUGAUGGAUUGGUUCGACUUUUCAACUCGUUCAAAGACAAAGAUAUACUCACAUUACAACCUUCAACGGAUCGAUGUGCAGGAGCCAAAUUUUCACCGUUCAGACCUAUGGUUAUUGGAGUUGCCAAUUCCAAUGGUCACUUGUACAUGUAUGAUUUGCUGGAAUCUUUUACAGAACCAAUCAACGAUAUUGACGUGACUCAAGAUGGAAAGUCACUAACAUGUCUUGAAUUCAACAAACACAAUUCCUUACUUUUAGCAACUGGAGACUCUUCAGGAAGAGCCAAGGUGUUCCUCAUUAGUACUCGUCUGUCACAAAUGCAACCUCAAGAAAUUCUUAAAUGCCAUCAAUUAUUCUCGUUAUCUUCAAUAAAGAACAAUUAA